AUGGAUUUUAGCCUCUCAUCAUAUUUUAACGCGUUUGAUGUUGAUAAGGAUUAUCAAAUAGAGUUUUCUGACGUGGAUUCCAAAUUAGAAUCAAUUACAGAUUCAUUGGCAAACAAUCCAGAAUCCCUAAAUUUUAACCAGGAAUUAUUGGAAGAUCUUAUUGAGUUGACACAUGGGUUUAGAGAAUUAGAAGAGAAAAAGCGUCAUCAGCUAGCGUAUCUUGUUACUUCUUCUUUGAAUGCAGUGGGGCAAUCAUAUGGUAACAUGCUCCAAAGUGGUGAUUUUCAUGAUAAUGUUGAUACAAUCAAAUCAACUUUAGAGAGGUAUGGUUAUUUGAUGUUUGUUCUUUUGAAAUAUCUCGGGAAAGAGGAUUUCUCACAAGUUGGUAAUGCAAGAUCGCAGAAAUCUGUACCUCGAGAAGUCUUGGCUAGGUGGAAAUCAAAUUGUACCGAAGUCGAGAACGGUUUAACUGCUGUAAUAACUGUUUUGAGCCUUGAUUUAAGUAAAGUGUUUGUUACAACCCCUGAGAGAGAUUCAUUUGUGGAAUUGUUUUCACGACCGAUAAUCAAUUUGAUGGAGAGCCCCGAGAGAAUGAAGUUGGUUCCUAUAAAAUUAUUGAUUUUCAGGGCCUUGUGUAUUGCGGUCACCAAACAUAAACAUGGAUCGAUGCUUCAGCACUCCAUUAUUCAAUGUCUUACGUACUAUGCUCAUUUGCCACAGUAUAUGGCAGGAUUACUACAUACAUUAACUGAAAAAUACGAUUAUAUGGUUUUAACUGAAGAAAUCUUACGAGAGAUUUCGCAAACGCAUUUCAACUCAAACGAUACAAAUGGUCCAAAAGCAGUAUCUGAAUUUCUUAUCAAGCUAUCAGAGUUGAGUCCAAGGUUGAUUUUGCGUCAGAUGACAAGUAUCUCCCAGUUAUUGGAUAAUAGUAAUCAAACGUUAAGAUGCUCUGUAGUCGAAGCAUGCGGUAAUAUUGUUGUUGAUAUUCUAAAGAACAGUACUAGAGAUCAAGGUGAGGAUGAAGACGCAGACUAUUAUAGACACCAGGUUGCCAAACUCUUGAAUUUGUUGGAAGAGAGAUUCUUGGACCAGAAUCCCUAUGUGCGUACAAAAGCGUUCCAAGCAUUGUCUAAAGUUGCUGAUCUAAAAGUCAAAUUGACUGAACGAAGACAGAAAAUGAUGAUGUUGGCGGUAAGGUCACUUGAAGAUAGAAGUACUUUGGUUAGAAGAAAUGCGAUUAAAUUGAUGUCUAAAUUGAUACUUAAUCACCAAUUUCAAGGUUCACAUGGAACUCAGUUGGCAUUGACAUUCUGGAAACAAAAAUUAAAAGAUGCAGAAGCUGAAUUAAUGAAAUAUAUACCUGCAGAUGUCCAAGCUGGGCCUGAACAGCAAUCCGAUACUAGUGACGUUGAAGAUGAUGGAGAUGAACUGGAUAAAGUAGAACAAGAGAAUAAUUUGAACGGACAAGCAGAAGCCACUAAGAAAGAUGAACCAACUAUGGAUAUUGACAAAGAGGAUGUCCUGGAAGAAGGUGACCGUGAAGGUGAAAGUGAUAUUGUCGCUAACACAUCAUCUUUCAAUGAUAAUUUACCUGAUGCAACUGUCUUGGCAAGGGUCAAAUUAACAGCCAAUUAUUAUAAAGAUGCUGUGGAUUUUGUUGAAGCUGUCCAACAUGGAACCGACGUUAUUUCUGGGUUAUUAUUUUCAAAGAAUAGAAAUGAGGCGAUAGAUGCUAUGGAUUUCCUAGUUUUGGCAGAUGCGUACGGAGUUGAAAACUCCCAUGUUGGUAUUAGAAAGAUGCUUCAUUUGGUUUGGAUGAAAGGGUCUUCUGAUGAAGGAAAAUCAGUACCUGCUCAUCUCAUUGAUUGCUACAAAUCAUUGUUCUUGAUAGCUCCAAAUUCUGCCAGCAAGAUUGAGAAAGCUACUUAUAUUGCCAAGAAUUUGAUUGGUUUGACAUUGAAAGCGUCUGUAGCUGAUUUGGCUUCGUUAGAGAAGUUGUUGGGUCUCAUGUAUGCGGCAAUGAUGAUCAAUUUUGAAGUCAUCAACGUAUUGUGGCAAAUCUAUAACCUUAGUGAUCGCAGUGAGGAGGUGAGGAGACAGAAACGAGGAGCCAUUAUUAUUUUGGGGAUGCUUUCUCUUGAAGACAAUCAAAUUGCUAUUAAAGGAUUUGACUCCUUAUUGAAUAUUGGAUUGGGCGAUGAAGGUAAAGAUGAUUUGAUCCUUGGUAGGUAUACAUGUAUUGCGUUACAACGUGUUAUACCAGCAGAUGCAAAGAAGAAUUCUACUAUGGUCAAAAUACCAAGAGAAGAAGAAGCUAUAACUAAAUUUAAACAAAUUUUAAUUGACUACAAUGAAAACCCAGAAUGGUAUUCUAUUAGUGAAGAAGCGAUUGAUGCAAUUUUUCAACUCUCGUCGGAGCCAGACAGGGUUUGUUCGGAUGUCAUCAAAACUAAAGCAGUUGCUGUUUUCGGUGACAAUAGAGCUUCUGUGGAAAAUCCGGAUGUUGCAUUAUCUCAGUUGUUAUUUAUUGUUGGGCAUGUAGCCAUUAAGACAAUUGUUUUCCUAGAAAAACUUGAAGGUCAAUUCAAAAAAAAAAAACAUGAAGCUGAAUCUAAAAAGGGUACCGCAAAUUCCAACAAUAGUAGUACUGCUGCAGAUGCUCAAGAAGAAGCAGAGGGAGAGAACGAAUUGGAAAUGAUUGGAGGUACUUCUGAAGAUGAUUUUGCUGAUGCUGUUGUGCAUGUUAAAGAACGAGAAUUACUCUAUGGCGACUAUUCAUUAUUGGGCAGAUUUGGACCUUUGGUGAAAGAAAUUUGUGCACACCCCAAACAGUUUUCAAACUUGAGGUUACAGCGUUCUGCUGUGCUUUGUUUGACUAAAUUGAUGUGUGUUUCAUCAAUAUAUUGUGAGGAAAAUUUACCACUAUUACUUCAAAUUAUGGAAAAAUCAGAUGAUCCUGUCACCCGAUGCAACUGUGUACUUGGUUUGGGAGAUGUGGCAGUUUGUUUCAAUAACAUUGUUGAUGAAAACACGGAAUACAUAUACAGUCGUCUUACAGAUGAGAAUAUUAUGGUGCAAAGAACAUGUUUGAUGACAGUCACAUUUUUAAUUCUCGCUGGUCAAGUGAAGGUAAAGGGUCAAUUGUCAUCUAUGGCCAAGUGUUUGGAGAAUCCAGAUCAAAGUAUAAGUGAUAUGUGUAGAUUAUUCUUUGCAGAAUUGGCUACCAAGGACAAUGCAAUUUACAAUGGAUUUAUUGAUAUUUUCAGUGGGUUGUCUAACGAUGAAACUUUGGCUAAAGAUGAGAUGAAAAGGAUUAUACGUUUCUUGGUUGGGUUCAUCGAUAAAGAAAAGCAUCAGAAGCAAUUGGCAGAAAAGUUGUUGGCAAGGUUGCCAAAAUGUCAACUGGAAAAUCAAUGGCAAGAUGUGGCUUUUGUGUUGCAAACCAUACCCUACAAAAACGAUGCUAUCACUGCUGCCUUGGAAGAAGGAUUUACCUUGGUUCUGGCCAAACAUUAG